AUGUACGGAUUCGAGGCGCUUACGUUCAACAUCCAUGGAGGAUACUUGGAGGCGAUCGUGAGGGGUCACCGUGCUGGGCUUCUGACCACCGCCGAUUACAACAAUCUGUGCCAGUGUGAAAACCUUGAUGACAUUAAGAUGCACCUCUCUGCCACCAAAUACGGUUCUUACCUCCAAAAUGAACCUUCACCUCUGCAUACCACCACAAUUGUGGAGAAGUGUACGCUCAAGCUUGUUGAUGACUACAAGCACAUGCUCUGCCAAGCAACUGAGCCUAUGUCGAGCUUCUUAGAGUACAUCAGAUACGGCCACAUGAUUGACAAUGUCGUGCUGAUUGUGACUGGGACCCUGCACGAGAGAGAUGUUCAAGAGUUGAUCGAGAAAUGUCAUCCUUUAGGCAUGUUUGACAGUAUUGCCACACUUGCAGUUGCUCAGAACAUGAGAGAGCUCUACAGGCUGGUGCUUGUGGACACUCCUCUGGCUCCAUACUUUUCUGAAUGCUUAACAUCCGAGGAUUUGGAUGACAUGAACAUAGAGAUUAUGAGGAAUACCCUCUACAAAGCAUACCUUGAGGACUUUUACAAGUUCUGUCAGAAACUUGGUGGGGCAACAUCAGAGAUAAUGUCUGACCUUCUGGCCUUCGAAGCUGACAGAAGAGCUGUAAAUAUCACCAUCAACAGCAUUGGCACUGAGCUUACAAGAGAAGACAGGAAGAAACUGUACUCUAACUUUGGUCUCCUCUAUCCAUAUGGUCACGAGGAGCUUGCUAUAUGUGAGGAUAUUGAUCAGGUUCGUGGUGUUAUGGAGAAAUACCCUCCGUAUCAAGCAAUCUUCUCCAAGAUGUCUUAUGGAGAAAGCCAAAUGCUCGACAAGGCGUUUUAUGAAGAAGAAGUCAGAAGGCUUUGCUUAGCCUUUGAGCAGCAGUUCCAUUACGCUGUAUUCUUUGCGUAUAUGAGGUUGAGGGAGCAGGAGAUCAGGAAUCUGAUGUGGAUAUCCGAAUGUGUUGCACAGAACCAAAAGUCCAGGAUCCACGACAGUGUUGUCUACAUGUUCUGA